AUGUUGCGGUUUGAGAAACCUCUGCGAUUUCCCAGUCAAACCUGGACUCUGUGUAGCUACUAUUCCAUCGUCUUCCUUCACCCCAAUCCAAGCUCUAAACCAGAGCGACAAAUACAGCAGGAGACCAUCUCUCGACACGACAUCCAUAGCAGCACAACACCAUCCAUGGCAGUCAGAGCGCUCGUCCUCUCGUGCAUCCUCCUCCUCGUGUCGACGUCCGCCUUGGCGCAGCGUGGUCCGCCUGGCGGAGGUCCUCCCGGCAGUCAGCGCGGAGGCCCUGGCGCCGGUUCCGCCAGAUCCGGCGGUCCUGGAGGUCCCAACGGUCCCGGCGGGCCUGGCGGGCCCGACGGACCGCACGGGCCUCCGCUGAAUCUGACGGCCGUUGGGAAUUUGACGGCCGAUGUUGGCGCGCGGCUCGCCAACUGCUCCGCGGAUCAGAAGAUCUUUGACGGCCGAUUCCACCUCGCCAUCUUCAAAAACUCCACCGGCAGUUACAAUCUGCUCGUCGAAGCCCUCCUGGUGGACGCGGCGGGCAGUCCGCCCGACUCGCUCGCGAUCGUGAAGGGCGCCGUGUGCGACGCCGCCGCGACGGCCGUCUUCGCGCUGCCGCUCGCCGCGGCGGACUGGCAGCAGCGUGCGGGGUGGUGGCUGCUGCACGCGGAGGCGCGCCUCGACGCGUUCCUCGAGAACGCGGACGCCGCCACCCUCGACGCGCUGCUCGCGGUGCUCCCCACAGCCUCGCUUCCGCCCACCAGCGGCGGCGGGCGCAACGGCGGAGGCAACGCUGGCGGAGGUAGCGCGGGGGGCGUGCGGAACGGGCAGGGCGGCAGGCGCAUGGGGCUGGGGAUGGGGCGGGAGCUGCUGAUGCGCGCAGUGGGCCGCGCUGCCAGGCAGGGGGGACAGAAGCAGAAGGGGCAGCAGCAGCAGGAGGGAGCGCAGCAGCCGCAUGCAGGUGGCUUUCCAGGUGGAUUUCCAGGUGGCGAUGGCGGAGUGAACAGCACGGUGAGCGGGUAUGCUGUGCUGGCGGGCAGCAGCGCAGCAGGUGUGACUUGGGGCGGGCAGCUUAUGGGGGCCAAGAUGCCCGCCGCUGCUGUUUAA